GCGGCUCACGUGACGGGUGCUACCGGCCGCGGGGUCUCGUCGGUGCCGGCGCUCUGCAUCCGGGCCUGUCGCGUCGCUCGACGGGGCACUCGCCGUCCCUACCCGGCCGUUCCAGCCUCGCGCCCCUGCCGUCCUUGCUCGCCGGUCUGUGCCUCGGCGUCUCGCGCUAUGGCUGCUUCUCGAGGCGCCCGGCGGCCGCUGCUGCUGCUCCUGCUCGGAUUAUUGAGCCUCACGUGUGGAGCCUCGGCGGUGUUCGAGGUGAAAGACGGCAAUGGGACAAUGUGUAUAAAGGCCAACUUCUCUGCUGCCUUCCAGACGAGCUAUGAGACUGGGAACGGGCCUCAGAAUGCGACCUUUCACCUGCCAUCCUCCGCACACGUACUCAGUAACAGCUCAUGCGGUGGAGUCAACGCCUCCCAGCCCAGCCUGGCCAUCGGCUUUGGAGGACAUUCGCUGACCCUGGAAUUCACACGGAACACCACCCGCUACCUCGUCCAGCUCCUGCGCUUCUCCUAUGAUCUGGCGGACACAGAUGUCUUCCCCAACGCAAGCUUCAAGGGAGUCAAGACUGAGGCUUCCACAACUGACAUUCAGGCAGACAUAGACAGAAAGUACCACUGCACCAGCGCCAUCCAGGUGCACAUGAGGAAUGUGACUGUGACACUCUCUGACACCACCAUCCAGGCCUACCUGACCAACGGCAGCUUCAGCAAGGCAGAGACGCGCUGCAAGCAGGACCUGGCCCCCCCGACCUCCGCGCCCCCUACACCGCCCAAGCCCCCCGCACCGCCGAGCCCUGCACCGCCCAGCCCCUCCGUGUACACGUACAACGUGAAUGGCAGCAACGGGACCUGCCUGCUGGCCAGGAUGGCGCUGCAGCUGAACAUCUCCUAUGCACGGAAGGACAACACGACCGUGACCAGAGUGGUCAACAUCAAGCCCGGUACGACUGCGGAGGGGAGCUGUGGUGCCGACCUGGUGUCCCUGGAGAUACACAGUGAGAACAUCGUGGUCCUGGGCUUGCACUUCCGAAUGAAUUCGAGUGCCAGCCGCUUCUUCCUGGAAACAGUCGAGUUGAACAUGACUGUCCCUGAUGCCCCAGGGCCCACUGUCCAGGCAGCCAAUAACUCGCUGAGAGCCCUGCAGGCCACCAUCGGGAGCUCCUACAGGUGCACCACCGAGGAACGCCUGCGUAUCACACCCUCCUUCUUCCUCAACCUCUUCAGCGUGCAGGUCCAGGCUUUCAAGGUCGAAGGGAACAGGUUCGGGUCUGCCGAGGAGUGUCUGCUGGACGGGAGCGGCAUGCUGAUCCCCAUCGCCGUGGGCGGCGCCCUGGCGGGGCUCGUGCUCAUCGUGCUCAUCGCCUACCUCAUCGGCAGGAAGAGGAGUCACGCCGGCUACCAGACCAUCUAGCAGGGGCCGCGCAGGGGCCGCGCAGGGGAGGGCGGGGCCGCAGGGCAUGCGUGCCGUGCGUGCGUGGCCUGCAGGGGAGGCACGCUUUCUGGCACACUGUUCUCAAAUCUGCUUACAAAUGUGAAGUUCAUCUUGCAACAUUUACUAUGCACAAAGAGUUAAUAUUGAAAUGACGGUGUUAAUUCUGCUGACUGGGUUAAAUAUUUUCCUAACUGGUUAAACGUUAAUAGUUACCAGAGUAGAACCCUGUGACUGCAGGAGUGCUUUUCUGAAUUGGUAUGGGCUCCACUCAUUCGCUGCUUCAAAAUUUGGUGUUGGUUCCUUUAUUCUUUGCUCAGAUUUAGGCUGUGCAAUGUCGGGUCUGAACACCGUGGACCGACUUGGGUGGCUGAUCAUUAGCUGGCACACCAAGGAGUUAAGCCCAGCAGAGUGGGACCCUCUGGGGGCUCUGGGGGCAUCUGCAGGCUUGCUGCAGCUUUGGGUCAGGAGGGCCAGGCCCAGUGGCCAGCCUGCAUUCCCACGCCUGCUGCUGAGAGCUACCGCUUUUCUAGGUGUCAGAAGGGUGUAAGUUUUGUUCACCUGUAAAAUGGUUUCCGGCCUUGUGUUGGCAUUGGGUAGCCCCGUUGUGCAUUGUACACCGAUGGGCUAGCCCUGCUUGAGGCCUCUGCUGUGCUCGGUGGCUGGACAUGGAGCCCUGCUCUGUGAGAUGCGUUGCCUGUAACAAUGCUAAUAAACAGACACUCUCUUUGUCUGCCUG